AGUGGCAGAUCCCCGUGUCCAUCACACGCAGAUCCCUCCUCCUUAGGAGGGAUUUCAGGGGCUUUCCAUGGCUACAGCCUCCAAGGACAAACAGCCCCCCUAAGCCCCCGAGCCCCGGCCAUGAAGCUGCCGGUGGGGAAAAGAUGGAAGGAGAGGCUUUGGUGGGCAGCAGGUGAGCAGAGCUGAAGGAAUCGCCCCAUCCCGCCCUCCAGACAGCCCCCCAAAAAAUUGGAUUUAGAGGGUUUGGAGGAGCUGCACAGCCGAGCAGCGCUGGCAUCCCGCUCCCACCGCCUCGGGCAUCGCCUCCUCUCCCCCUCCUCCGGCCUCCUGCGGGAUUUAAACCUUUUAUUCGCCGCCUCGACCUCUGACAACCCUCGGCAAUAAAUGAGGGAGCAUAAUGCUGAACAGCAUCACCGAUGGGCUCCUGUGCUGCCUCAUGGGCAAAACCACCAACGCCGUGGGGCCGCUGGACAGCGUUGAGUCCGGCAACGGCUACAGCUUCGUGGAGGUGAAGCCAGGCCGGAUCCUGCGGGUCCGGCACAGCGUUCCCGUCCGCCCGGCCCCGGAGGAGCCCGAGGAGGCGCAGCCCGGGGCGCCGGAGCGGGGGGUGGUUCACUGCAAGCGCAGGAUCACCCUGUACCGCAACGGGCAGCUGGUGAUCGAGAACCUGGGCGACGCCGUGCGCUCCGAGAUCCUGCAGUGCCAGGGCGGUGUGGCCGAGCCCGGCGGCACCGUGGAGCUGGAGCUGCCCGAGGCGGCCGGCCAGGCUCCCGCCCAGGGCCCCGCCGGCACGCCGGGCACCGCGCCUGCCAAGCGCCGCAAGCGCAGGCCCAAGAAGGUGGUGAACAUCGACUGCAAGAAGCAGAUCACCAGCUGCAAGGGCACACACGGCGACGUGGUGCUCUUCUUCAUCCACGGCGUGGGCGGCUCCCUGGACAUCUGGAAGGAGCAGCUGGACUUCUUUACCAAGCUGGGCUACGAGGUGGUGGCCCCGGACCUGGCGGGCCACGGCUGCAGCUCGGCCCCCCAGAUCGCCGCCGCCUACACCUUCUACGCCCUGGCUGAGGACAUGAGGGCCGUGUUCAAGCGCUACGCCAAGAAGAGGAACAUCCUGAUAGGGCAUUCCUAUGGGGUGUCCUUCUGCACCUUCCUCGCCCACGAGUACCCAGAGCUGGUCCAUAAGGUGAUCAUGAUCAACGGCGGGGGCCCCACGGCGCUGGAGCCCAGCCUGUGCUCCAUCUUCAACAUGCCCACGUGUGUCCUGCACUGCCUGUCCCCCUGCCUGGCCUGGAGCUUCCUCAAGGCCGGCUUUGCCCGCCAAGGUGCCAAAGAGAAGCAGCUGCUGAAGGAAGGCAACGCCUUCAACGUCUCGUCCUUCGUGCUGCGGGCCAUGAUGAGCGGGCAGUACUGGCCCGAGGGGGACGAGGUGUACCACGCCGAGCUGGCCGUGCCCGUGCUCCUGGUCCACGGCAUGCACGACAAGUUCGUCCCGGUGGAGGAGGACCAGAGGAUGGCCGAGAUCCUGCUGAUCGCCUUCCUGAAGGUGAUCGACGAGGGCAGCCACAUGGUGAUGAUGGAGUGCCCCGAAACGGUGAACACGCUGCUCCACGAGUUCGUCCUGUGGGAGCCCGAGACGCCAGCUGGGGACGGGCACGGGGAGAAGAAAUAAGGCAGCGGGACCACGGAGACCGGGCUGCUCCCAUGGGAGAGAUGAUUCGGAGCGCAGAGGGCUUUGGGAGAGCGGAGGGGCUCCGGGGGCUGCCCUCGGCGGGAGCGCAGCCCGUUUGGUUUCCCGGCCGUGCCGGAGGCUGGAGGGGGAGCAGGGAGGCUCCCCCAGGGCAGGGAGUGCAGGGCCGGCAGCGGCAACACGGGCAGACCUGGUCCCCACCCCCGCGGGGACGGCGCCGGAGCGUCUUCAUCCUGUUCCUUUGUAGUGUUAUUUUCCUCACGCAGCGACACCUCCGGGGACUGGUCCCACCUGCGGCGAGACGGGAAGGACUCGCAGGGGCUCCGGGAGGGCCGGAGGAGCUGAGCUGGGAUUGCUUUAGAAGGGAAGCCAAAGGCUCUUGGGCCUCAGCAGCGGGAUUUGCCUCUCGAGCCAGCCGGGAGGACGGGACAGCCACGUGGCAGCUUCGAGGGGCUCCUCGUGGACGGCAGCAGCUCCUGCACAGAGGAUGAGGAGGUGUCCUGCCCCCGUGGGCACGGCCAGGGCCGAGGUGGGACUGGCCUGGCUGUGGCAGGGCCGAGCCUGAGCUCUGCCACGUCCCCCCCGGUCCCCUCUCCAUCGCU